UGGUCAGCAAAUCAUGCACAUAGUGGGUGACUCUUUCCUUCAUUUGAUCCAUCACGCGUUGAUCGUGUACAGGCUCAGGAUGGGGUAAUGUAAUGCAAGACUAUGUUAUGAAUGGACUGCUUGCGCAUGCCACAGGACGCUCUUUCGUAUUCGACGAUUAUAUCUGGAAUCCAGAUGGUUCACUCUUUACGGAUUAUAACGGGCAUUUAAUCCCCUCUCGCAUUCCCUUGACAGCACUAUUGAGCGGCGUCAUGGUAGGUGGUGAAAUGCCACCUGGGGACCCCACUCCUCGCGCGGUGUCUAAGAGUUUCUUCAAUAAAGUCUGCCCCAAUCCGACAUUCGUUCAGGUGGCGGAUGUGAAUGACGAUCGUAUGCGAUUCGACGAAAGCGUGCCGGCUUCGUAUAUAUUCGAAAAGUGGCUCGAAAAAAUUAACUCGAUUGAGGACCCUUGUGUGGAAAUCGACGCAAAUAAUAAUGCAAUUUUCGAGUACUGGAUAUUUGGACACAAGAGAAUGCUGUCUAUAUGGAAGUAUCUCAAGGAUUCCCCGGUAUUGUCGCGCUGGGGAUGGUCGCCUUUGAUACAUGAUGCAUACAGACGAAAUCGCCACGUCUUCGUGCCGAAUGUGGGAUCAAGUCUUUUUAAAGGGCUCUCUGGUUCAUCUGUCGCGGAAAACUACACAAACCCGAUACCUGGCCUCCUAGCGCUGCACGUGCGAAGGGGUGACUUCCAGGACCAUUGCGUCCACCUGGGGAAAUGGUCAUCAAAUUGGAAUGCGUUCAAUAUGUUCCCUGAGUUUUCCGACCAGUUCCAAAGGCCUACUGAUGGUGGAUGGGGAGAGACAUCAGAGAAGAACAUGCAGAUGUAUAUGCAGCGAUGUUUCCCCACAAUCGAACAAAUCGUCGAGAAAGUCACACAAGUGCGCGUCGAGUCGGAACAGCCACUGACGCAUAUCUAUAUCAUGACCAAUGGUGUUCCUGCUUGGGUUCAGGAGCUGAAGGAGGCUCUGAAGGGCUCUGGGGACUGGGACCAGAUUAAGAGCAGCCGCGAUCUCGACAUUACAUGGGAACAGAAAUAUGUGGUGCAGGCGCUGGAUAUGUUUGUGGCUCAAAGAUCUGAAGUGUUGAUCGGGAACGGGUGGUCGAGCUUGACCUCGAACGUUGUGAUGCUGCGUAUGGCACAGGGGUUGUCCCCGGAUAGUAACAAAUUCUGGUAAUGACUUGACGUCGUCCACGAGGCAUGCAUUAGCCAAGUGGCGAACACCGACUGCUAUGAACCUAGUACCCAAUCGGUGCCUGGGGACCUGAAAUCGAGGUUUGGAGUUUGAUCUAUCAUACGAUGGUUCAAGACACGGCGGAUGGACGAUCUAAUGUGUUAAUUAAUUUACAGCCAUUGGGCGCGAGGAUGCGCCAGGGUAUCGCCCCUACAGUAAUAUACCAUUAUCUUCGGUGCUAGGGAACGUAUAUAUUACUUAUGUUGCCGACAAUCAUAUAUCACGGACAAUGCGAAACUUAUCUGCGUCGACAUCGAACGGUGCAAGGCCAUGAGAUGUCGGCAGCUUUUGGACAGAGAAUAACAGUGAUAAAGUUUUCGUCGCCAAUCCAUAUCAAAUUCAUACUUAUGUGGAUCCGAG